AUGGAAACGCCGCGGCAUCAUGAGCACGCAGAAGCAAGAUGGUUUUUGACAAUGAUUCAGAAUGAAUUUAGAGGUGGAAAAAUCACCGUUGAAAACACUCACAAAUUGCUUGAAAAACUUGGUAUUCGGUGCAACUUUGCUCAUGUGAAACGCAUUUUUAAGGAAAAUGACGGACUGAAACAAGGAAAAAUCACCAUAGAAGAAUUUAGAGUCAUUUAUCGAUCUAUUACUUACCGAGAAGAAAUUCUUGAGAUUUUCAACACAUAUUCUGAGAAUCGGAAAAUUCUUUCUGAAAAAAACCUGACCAAGUUUUUAACCCAAGAGCAGUAUGAGAUGAUAGAAAAUCACUCCCUUUCAACUGAGAUUAUCAAAAAGUAUGAGCCCAUAGAUGAAGUGAAGAAUGAACAGCAGAUGUCAUUUGAAGGUUUUGUAAGAUAUAUGUUUUCAUCAAAUUGUCUAAUAUUUAAAGAGGAUUGUAAAGCAGUAUAUCAAGAUAUGAAUCAGCCAUUAAAGGAUUAUUUUAUUUCAUCUUCUCACAACACAUAUUUGAUAUCUGAUCAAUUACUGGGACCAAGUGACCUUUGGGGAUAUAUAAGUGCCCUGGUGAAAGGCUGCCGCUGUCUGGAGAUUGACUGCUGGGACGGCGCACAAAACGAACCCAUUGUGUACCACGGUUACACUCUCACCAGCAAGCUGCUCUUCAAAACCGUCAUCCAAGCGAUAAACAAGUACGCCUUUGUGACGUCGGAGUACCCCGUGGUGCUGUCCUUGGAGAACCACUGCUCCCCUGGCCAGCAGGACGUGAUAGCUGACAUUCUGCAGAGUACCUUUGGAGACUUGCUGCUCUCAGACAUGCUUGAUGAGUUUUCAGAUAGGCUACCAUCUCCAGAGGCACUGAAAUUCAAAGUAUUAGUGAAAAAUAAGAAAAUAGGAACCUUGUUGGAAACCCGCGAGAGGAAGGGGAUGUUCAAACAGGGCCGAGUGCUGGAGACAGAAGACGAUGUGUAUGAAGACGAGGAAGAGGAUUUAUUGAAGGAGCCAGAAACUCGAGAUGACUUUUUAUUACGGGUCAAGGAGGAAAAGGAGACAGACCUCUCAAAGCUGAUUGGAGGAGCAGCUGCCAAGAAAAAGACCAAGAAGAUAAGACUAGCUCUGGCCUUAUCUGAUCUUGUCAUUUAUACUAAAGCUGAGAAGUUCCGAAGUUUCCAAUAUUCAAGACUUUAUCAGCGAUUUAAUGAGAACAAUUCUCUUGGGGAGUCUCGAGCUAGAAAACUUUCAAAAUUGAGAGUCCAUGAGUUUAUUUUCCACACCACCAAAUUCAUCACCAGAAUAUACCCUAAAGUGACGAGAACAGACUCUUCUAAUUUUAACCCUCAAGAGUUUUGGAAUAUAGGCUGCCAGAUGGUGGCCUUGAAUUUCCAAACUCCUGGACUGCCUAUGGAUUUGCAAAAUGGGAAAUUUUUGGAUAAUGGAGACUCUGGAUAUCUUUUGAAGCCAGACUUCCUCAGAGACACAACCCUGAGCUUUAACCCCAGUGAAGUAACAGGAGAGGGCCACCCACUCACCCUCACAAUACGACUCAUCAGUGGGAUCCAGCUGCCCUUCAGCCUGUUCUCUAACAAAGCCGACGUGCUGGUGAUCAUAGAAGUCUAUGGGGUGCCAAGUGACCAAGUCAAGCAGCAGACCCGUGUUGUCAAGAAAAACGCUUUUAGUCCAAGGUGGAAUGAAACAUUUACAUUUAUUAUUCAAGUACCAGAACUGGCGUUGAUACGUUUUGUGGUUGAGAAUGAAGGCUUCAUAGCACCAAAUGAAUUUCUUGGGCAGUACACUUUGCCAGUUCUAUGCAUGAACAAAGGUUACCGCCGCGUUCCUCUGUUAUCCAAAGAGGGUGCGAGCCUUGAACCCUCUUCACUGUUUAUUUACGUUUGGUACAUCAGAGAGUGA